AUGGCUAAUGCUAUCACGCAUGUGCUGGCUGCUGAUCUGGAUGUCAAGAUCUUUACUACGUCAUCCUCCUCUCUCUACAACAUCCUCUCCUUCCUCUUUCCCUCAAAACCCUCGUUUCCGCCGCCACCGCCCCAACUCGCUACUUUUCAGGUCCAGAAACCCAAAAAUGGUCUUGUACCACUGGAGUCUCAAGAUGCCCCCCUAAAUUCUUCUUCUUCUUCGUUGGCCUCUGUGAUAUGCCCGACUCUGGCAUAUGCCAACACCCUACAGCACAAGGAGAGGCUGCUGAAUCGGUUCCGGAGAGAGGUCAUGAGAGCCUGUGUUAUUCAAGAGUGUAAGCGCAGUAGGUUCUUCGAAAAUAAGCAGGACGAGAAGAAGCGUAGGAAUCGGGAGGCCACUAAGCGCAACAAAAAGAGUCGCCCCCAAUUAAGAACUCCACCAGAGACCAAGCGGGAAGCCACAACAGACAAGAAGGAAGAUGAUGAGGAUAAUUGGGAUCUGACUGAAGAGGGAGACAUCCCCUAUUAACUGCAUUCAAGGUGCCUUCAAUUUAGAAAACUCUUCACUUUUUGAGUGCAAGAAGCUCUUGGUCCAUGUAAAUGGCAUGAAGUGAAUCCUGUUCUUUAACAGAAUGCAUUAUCCCUUUUGUAUUGUUGUUUAUGUAUGAAAAUUUACUUUUUUUCGUCCA